GACAUUAUUUGUAUUGUAAAUAUCCAGCAUGACUGCGUCAAAGCACAGUGCAUGGAUGUUAGUCAACGCUGUGUCCUUCAAGAACGAACCGAGACUGCGCACACAAGGCCUGUCGUUCAGCACCAACCCUCACCAUUUUACCUUCUCAACGCAUAUUCAAUUCACAAUUACGCCCAGAUUCAAUCUGUAAUCCCUCAGUCUCUC